AUGAACUCUUGGGCUGAAGUUGCAAGAGGCAUGCCUUUGUCAGUUCUGCCUCAUCUGGAUCGAUCUAUAUUAUCUCCAAGGCUGCCUCCAAUCGUCAAUAUUACUCAUGAUGAAUACAUAAAACAAGAAAAGAAGAGGCUUGCUUUUCCACCUUCUCUGAAUGGAAAAGUCAUGCACAAGUCCUUUUGCUUUUAUAAAAACACCCUCUGCAGGCUAAGACUUUUAGCUAUGGAAGUUAAAGAUAUCAGUACAACUCCAACGAAUUUUGAACUAAUCUCAGCAUUAUUGUGGAUCAAUUGGACUAAGGCCUUUAAAAUCAAACCAGAAGCGACAACUCGAAUUCUCACUGCUGUUGACGGUAGACCUAAGUCCAAGCCACCAUUACCAAACUGCUAUUUUGGAAAUGGCAUUGCUUGGUCAUGUGCCCAUUCCAAGGCAGGAGAAUUAGCUCAAAAACCAUUUUCAUUUGCAGUAAAAUUUGUACACGAUGCCACAAAAGCAGUGACAGAAGACUACAUCAAAUCAGCCAUAGACCAUUAUGAAGUGGCAAGACAACAACUUGAGUUUCAAGACACAUUUUGGAUCUCUAAAUGGAGUAGGCUCCCUUUUAACGAAAUUAAAUUUGGGUGGGGAGAUCCACAAGAAGUUGCUCCUGCUUCACUUGUGGACAACCUAGUUGUGUGCGUAUCCCAAGGAAAGGAUAUUGAAAACAUAGUUGUCUCAUUGAGCUUACCAUCAGUUGUAAUGGAAAGGUUUGAAGGGUUUAUGAAAGAAGAGCUGGAGUAA